CCACCGCAUCCCACCGAACCGCGGCGCCGUCUCUACAUGACCAUCGUCGGGAAGGACAGCAAGACGAUGGACGAGCUCCUCAAGGACGGAGAGUGGAACAUUUACUACGUCUCUUCUCUGUACAAGUUCCAACAUGAUCGCGACGCGUUGACGACGGAUGCGACGGACCUUCUGGCCUUUCUGCGUAGAGCAGAUGCAUCGCAAGACGACUUGAAGCCAUAUCAAGGCGUGUCCGUGAGUGUCCGGUCGAACGACGAUAUGGCGAUUUUUUCGGUACAAGAGCAAGUCGCAGGAACGGGUGGGUCGUCGUCUGGUCAGUUUGCAGGUGCAUUCGUGUACUUUACCCCUCGAGAAUACCAAGGCAAUCCGUCGGGAAAUGCCCCACAACUACUCCUCCUUCGCGGGAACGAACGCCUCGUCACCAAAGUAUGCGAAUGGGUGCAGCAUCGAUACCAGUGUAUCGUUGCUCUGCAAUCCCUUCGUAUCCGUUCCGUUUCCAUGGAGCAAUUCGCGCAAUCCCUGUUCCUAAACAUUGCGUCCCAGGCUGACGAAGACGAGACAACAGCUAUCCAUACUCCGCUGAAAUUGACGCUGCGCAACGAAGCUGAAGCGAAAGUAGUGCACAGCGUCACAGUGUCGAUACCAUACUUGGACAUUCAAGCAAAGUACGAACUGCAGAGAGAGCGCCGAAACACUCUGGUCGAACAAGACCGCAUGAUUCGAUCACUCGUUCUUCCAUACUGCUCGCAACUCUCGGAAGACAUGGGAACGUACAGUUUGGCUGCCGUGUCUUGCGACGAAUGCGAGCUCGAUAGCCACGGCAUCCUCCGUAUCCUGCGCACAGACCGCCUCACUGAGAUCUUCACCGACUUGCUCGACAUUUUUACUGAACAAGAAGUCACCAUCCCCGAAACACUUGAAACCACUCUUUAAUACACUCGCUUACCCAUACCGACUGAAGUCCAAACUCAUCGACGACGACGGAGCGUUCGCCGUCUCUGUUUUUUCCGCCAGCGCUUGGCGCAACACAGUUUGCAAGGCGCCUCGCGUGUCUUCGCUCAAAUGACCCACGGCGGCCUUGAAGCUCGUGCUAUUUGUCGUGGCGAUCCCAAUCAAGAUGCGGCCGGUGGUUGUCGGCUGGGGCAGGCGAAGCAGCAGUGGUAGGACGAUUUGCAGGCACGUUUCGCCCACCCCCGCCACCUCCAUGGCUGUCAUCAGCACAGAAAUCCAUGCCUCGAUCUCAUUGACGAUAUCGCUUGACAGCGUUCGGACGUCGCCAUGCAGCAGUCGCACAACUGCAUUUCCGAUGCGGUGCGAAAAGACGGGGAUUCCUGCCACGCUUCUCGCACAAGACAAGAUGGUGGCAAUCGACGCGUCGUCGCCGGUCACGUGGCGCAUCCAAGCAGUGGCAAUGCGAUCGUGGAAUUCAAACAAGUCCACGUGUGGACCGAGGUGGAUUGUCGCAGAACUCACGAGCUUGGCAGCAAAUGGAACGACCAAAUUGUGUGCGCCAUCGACUGCAGAGACAGCAAGCCAUUCAAUGGUGUCCAGAAGCUCACGGAGACUUGUUGCUAGCGCCGGUGUCAUCUCAGAGGCCGCGCCAGCUAGGGACGUCAUGACCACACACCGUAGCGUGGCAUCCACGUACAACACGGUUGUCGGGUGGAGCCAGUCGCAUUCCAGUCCACAGUGGCGAAGAAAGUUGUUGGCGACGACAACAUACGCAGGGCCAAACGAAGCGUCCAGCGGCAAAAGGACGGCGGUGCCAGCCGCGGCAGUCCUCAAGCUUUCGAGCACCAACGCCGACAACGAUGCAUCGGUGAGUUUCAACUUGCGCGCAGAUGCUGAUCGCAGGACGACGGUGGUCGCUAGGUGGAUUUGUUGCAGGGUCGUCUGGCGUGCCAACGAAUUCAUCGAUGCCACGGCAGCCUGGACGUAUGCAGCGCCAUCCUUCGUGGACAAGGUUUGAAUGCCGCGGAGGGCCGCGAUUUGGACAGCGUCGUCGGGAUGGGAUGCCAAAACGAAAAGCGUGUGGACAACGUUGUCGUAAGUGUCUGGGGUCAUGGUGUUCCAGACAAUCAAAGUCGGGAGUGCUUCGAGGACAGUGAGUACGCCAGACACGUCUGUGGUCUUGACGGAAAAGUAGAGCAGGGCGAUGGUGAGGACGGUCGUUCGAUCAAGUGCCGACUCGGCCGAUCGUUUGGCUAGCGCCGCCACGAGCACCGGCGCAUACGUCAUCGCGACCCCUUUCAGAACGUCCAAGUCCCGCGUCGACUUGAAAUACUUUCCAGCGUAAUCGAUGGCUCCGUGUGGCGGGCCAGCAUGGAGCAGGCAAAAGUCGCGCAGGGCGUCCAUCCAUGCCGUUGGAACAUGGGGAGGCAGCGUGACCAUGUCAUCUGUAGUGACGGCAACGCGGGCGAGACUGCCGAGUGUCGCGAUGGACAACCGAAAGCGGACAGUGUCGUCGCACGAGGACGCGUCGUAAGUAAAGUCGGGACGAAGCACGAGCUUGACGAGCCGCUGGGCGCCGACUUUGUCUGUGAUGAUCUUGUUGGCCAUGACGUGGGCAAUCGCGACGGCGCCUUCGAGUUGGAGCGGUUCGUAUGCUGUGAGUGUGGCCGGGUCGAAUGGACAUGACGUGGACGGCGCAUCCGAAGCAAACGCGCGGCGAAUGGUCGACGAGAGCUGUGCUUGGUACUGCACAAACAGGGUUUCGUCGGGGACUUCCGGGUCGACGCAACUCGCCAUGAGGUGGCAUACGACGUUGAGGAGCGCCAUCCCGACGCUCUGAAUGUGCUGCAGCUCGAAUCCGUCCAUCGACAGCGCGCUGAUCUGGCACGCAAGCGUCAUGACUUCGUCAACGUACAGGCUGACAAAGUUGGCCGAGUCGGCAUGCUCCGACAGACUAGCGACUGCUGCACGAGUUUUGCCCACAUCAAAAUGCACCGACGCCACGGUCGACUGCGCCACAAGCUCCAACACGGCGACGACGCUGAGCACGGCAAACUCACGCACGCGGCGAUGGAGGCACGGGAUGUCGGCGAGGGUGGCACACACGCGAUGGUUGGUGCGCCGCCAGAUAUCGGACACGGGCGCAGUCGACGAGUUGUGAUGCACGGGAGAGUCUGCUCCUCGGGGACUGGACAAGUCGUCCAUGGACGGCGCUGGGACAGACACAACCCCACCGACCGCAAGGCCACGGCAAAGCAAGAGCCACUCGCACGCUUUGUUGCCGUUGUGGAGGCGCUGGACACCGCAAUCCGUGACGAGGAGCGCUGUGAGACAGCCUUGGAGUUCCGCGAUGGGGUUGGACGGGACGUGGCGACGAUGCCCGGUCGGAAACAUGCCUCGGAACCGAGGCAAGAGCGGGUAGUCGGUGGCAAUUUCGUGCACUUCCAACGCUUGGAAGAGCAUGAGAUGGAGGUGUUCCU